AUGGAACACGCCUGGCUGGACUCCUUAUCAGAGGAUUGGGUUUCCCAGCCCGGAUCCGUCAACUCCAUCGCACAGCUCCCCUCCUCAGACAAGAAAAACAAGGCACAUGAACACCCAAGUCGGAUACCCCGUAAGACGUUGGAUCCCAUACCGAAGCUUUCACCUGCAAACGAGCAUGGCGACAGUUAUAUUCUGGGGGAGCGCAGUAUCAACGACAUCAACAUAUCGAUGCAACGGUUAUCGAUGAAAGCGCGCCAUGAGAUCAAAGCAUUUAUGAGCAACGGCGACGAGAGCCAGUCUGCACCUGGCUCCGCUGAUGGAUCGGUUGUGCAUAACACGGUCCACCGAUCACCAUCAGGGAGGAGCAUUAGACUCACGCCUGAGUGGAAGCGGCGUCUGCUCCGUGGUGACAUGCAGUAUGGAGAACAGCGCGAUCUGUUUAGCUCAGCUGCCGUUGGUCUUCAAGACAUGUUCAAACCCCCGGUCGCCGUUGAAGAGGACCUCCCUGAGGAGAUCAACGAGCCACAUGAACACCAUCUCGAGUCUACAAUGCCGUCCAGCCCCCCACUCUGUCACCGCCGAAGCAGCAUUGACCUGGCAAACGAAGUCGAUACUUUCGAAGAGGAGGACCAUGAACUACCGAAUGAGGUCACUCCAAGCCCGAGCCCUAGGAGAUCAAUGCGAGGUUUCCAAUAUAGGCUCAACGUUGAGGACACGGGGCCAACAAGCACUCCUCCAAGCAUGACCAUGGGCCAAAGAGGAAUGCUCGACCAAGACCAGAGUAUUCUCAAUGUACCUUCAGAUGCCGGAAUCAACUCAAGAAAGGCUAGCGGGCAAAGUGAGAUCAGGCACGAAGACUUUAGCCCUAUUCUGAUCGGAAAGCAUAGCGGUGAGGCGGGAACGGUCGAGUUUACACCUAUUGAAGUUCCUGCCAACCAAUUAAAGCAAAAGCUGGAGCGUUUGCGGAUCAACCAAAUGCUGCUGGACCCCGAUGUAGAUCUUGAAGAGGCUUUCGAUGGCGAGGAGGUUGAUACCAACGAGUUGGCCCAACAGGCAGCAAACAUCAAUUGCCGCAGAGGUGGCAGGUCCCAGGACGGAUCUUUUCUGUACCGUGGGCUGAGCCCUGACAUGGGCUUGGGCGGUGAUAGCUCCGAAAUGCUGCCUGAAGAAUCUCUGCAAGCCAGCACACCAAAACAGUUCCCGACAAUUCGAAACGACACAAUGAACUUCAAUCGUGGCUUUGGGGCCAGUCCUUCGAUGCCACGGGCACCAUUUCCAAGCCCUGAAAAGGCUCCCAAUAGACCAGCGAAUUCCGGCGGCAGUCCACUUAAGCUCUUCGGUCCCUAUGACACAUUUACCAACCAAACACUGCUUCGGCGCAUCAGCCAAUUUGAGGAGGGCACCUCGGCUACGCCAUCCAAGAACUCAAUCAGUCCCGCUCCGUUACGCGAGAGGCAGCUCUCCUUUGAUCAGGACGACGAGCACCCAAGAUCUCCGGAUUCUCCAGACUUGCCAGCACUGGAUGAAUCUCAUUUGAUCAGCGAGUUUGGAGCUGGCACAUUAAAAGAUUACGAGUUUACUUUGGGCAACGAAACAGGAGUUUCGAACAAAGAGAACAUCUCUCCUAAGCCAUUCUCAUCACGGCCAUCAUAUACCUCUCAAGAUUUGCGUGAGUCGUCGCCUGAUGAUGGCUCAGAGAUCAUCGUUCGUCGAAGACGGGAUCCAUCCAGGUCAGUCUCAGCUGGCACACACACGCGAGUCACCUCCACAUCUAGCCAGAGACGACAUCCUGCCACCCACCCACAUAUGACUUUGGAGAAUCUCGGCUCGCCAAAGCGGGAUGUUGACUCCGAAGGCAAGCGGCCAAGGACAUCCCCAGUGAAGGACCCCACACCCAAGCGCAGGAGAACUCUUCAUCGAUCAGAUAUCGCGUUUGGGCGAGAAAACCUUGCUGGCAUUGACCUCGGCCCGAGCCAGCUACAGCCAGGCCAAGGUGAACGUAGCCAAGAAGCUCUACACAGCGUAUUUGAGCUGGCCGAUCCCCGAGUUCUAGCUACGCGCCCAAUUUUGAGGCCGCGUAUUUCCAGUGCAAGGCCCCAGCUGGGCGACGUUGGUGGCGAAGAAUCCGUUCUCAGACCAAAGACUGCGCCGAAUCCGGCCCAUUGGAAAGACGGAACCUUACAGGCUGAGGAGUCUCUUGCUACUGACAGGAAGCCUUCAAUUAGAACGCAAGAUUUCGUUGACCAGGCAGCACAGAUCAUGGCCAUGAUUCGAAACCAAGUGCGGCCCCAUGGGCUCUCUAGUUUGGAAGAGUCUGAAGCAGAGUUUAAUAGGGAAUCAAGCCCGGCUCCGUCCGAUGAUGUGCGCUCAGAAUCAACAACAGAGCCUUUCUCUCGUCCUCCCAGUCGCGAAGGGAAGCCCGCUGUCUCUAGAACACCACUUCGUCACGAUGAUCCCGAGCUGCUCAACAGGUUGAAGAAAUACCAGGAGAUUAGUGACAUGGGGGAUGUGUUAUCCUCACUGCGUUCUAUGGGUUUUGUCCUUGAGGAUUCUAAUGCUGAUCGGCCACGUGGGAAGUCAUCUCUGGAGAGAGCUAAUGGCUGGCUUAGAAGCCCAAUGGCUAUAGAUGGUGAGCAUGUUAUUAGCGACAUUCCUAAUAUCCGCAUCACCAUGAACCCAGCGAUGGCCGCCGCGACGGCCAGUCCCACCAGGGAAUUCCCUUCCGAUUCUUCGGGUCGCUGUACGCACCGCUCAUAUCCUACUGCGUCAUCAAGAGGAUCCGAGUCACGAAGAACAAUCAUGCCUGAGAGUGUCUCCCACCUCAUUCCAGACAAGGUUGGAAGCAUGCAAUUGGACAAGAACAGCAACACAUGGGUUAAGAGUAAAGAUGGCGCUCGAGAGCAAGAAGUCAACGUCGUGCCAUCGGAUAGCAGCGAGGACGACCCGUUUGCCAGCAUCCCGGACCUCUCAGUGGAUUUGACCAAGGAAUUGCAGAAUCUCCGGCUAGCGACAACCCGCAAGGGAGAGGGAGCUCUGAACAUUGAAAUUUGUGAAUCACCCAGCAGUCCACUCGCAAAAGGCCCCCCAGCCAGGGCAUUUAUGACUUUCUCACCUGAUGGCCACCUGUCACCAAAUGGCUCUCUUGCGGCAUCACGCCAACUUCGGAGCGUUAGCAUCAGCAGCCACUCGGGCUCAGACCUGGGGCUCAGUGAAGAGCUGCCUCCUCCAGUGGCUGAUAGCCCAGAAACACAGCCUGAAUCCCAGGCUGCGAACCGCCGUCAUAUGACGAUUUCAUUUUCAUCACCAGUAGCAUCAUUCAUCCACGAGGCACACUCUGAGGAGCGGGAUAGCCAGGACAACGAAGACGACGAGGAUACCCCAGUGGCGUUGGACCACAAAGCGACUGCCACGACGAUCCGAGCUCAGGGGCAAAGAUCCAUGAAUAAGUCAGCCCUGAAGCAUCCAGUGCAGGCAAAUGGCCGCGGAACUGCCCGAAUGCCGCCCCGCCAGCUUUCUGAUGGCGAUUCCGAAUUUGUUCCCCGACCAGUGUCCAGAAUUGACGAGCAGGACGAAGAUAGUACCGUCGAACUGCCUUUUCAUGAUCAGCAGCUCAGCGUCAUUGGAGAGACUAGCAUGGUCAGCCAUAGGACACCUAAUGCGCGCCGUACAAGUCUGAGUUUCAUUAUGAACCAUACUCCCGGGAAUCAAGCCCUUUCCUUUCUUGCCGAUGAUAGCGCCAUGAUUGGGCAAAACGUCGGGAAGCUGUCUCUGAGCCCACUUUCUGAAUUUACGGUCAAUAAUUCGGACCAGUCCUUUGGAUUUGAAGUUAGUUAUGUCAUGGGACGACGGCACAUGGAAACUGGAGAUGGUGCUAAGAAGGUCUUGACCAUGUCGAUACGUAACCUCGUGGACAAGCUUAGCCAGGUUGAGCCACAUGAGCCAUACUGGGAAGACCUUGCAGACCUCAACCUCAGCGGGAAAAAUCUUGGCAGCCUUCACAUGCUGGAUGAGUUCUGCGGCAGGGUGGUGACUCUUGAUGCUUCUGGAAAUACGCUUGCUCAUUUGGACGGAGUGCCAUCUACAGUGAGACAAUUGAAAGUCUCACAGAACAUGCUCACGGAGCUGACCUCCUGGGACCAUCUAUGGAACCUGCAAUACGUCGAUGUAUCUGGCAACGAGAUCAAGAGUCUGUCGGCUUUGAAGAAUCUCGUUCAUCUUCGAAGCGUCAAGGCCGACAACAACCAGCUGACGUCACUGGAUGAUCUUGAUUGCCAUGAUGGCCUACUCUCAUUAACGGCCCGGGACAAUCUUAUUGAGGAGAUCGACUUCACGACACUCAAACUCGAGCGUCUAACAGAUCUCGACUUGACGGGUAACAAACUUCGCUCGAUCCGAAAGAUUGAGCUUCUGCCGUCACUCGUCCGAUUGAAGCUCGGUAAAAAUCAACUCGAUACUCUGAACUUCCCGAGUUGCAUUGGGGCUUUGCGGCAGCUGGAUGUGAGCGACAAUGACCUGACCAGCCUUGAUGUUGGAAAUCUGCCCUGUCUGCAGAGCCUCUACGCCGAUCGAAAUCUCCUGACCAGCCUAAGGGGCUUUAGCAAGUGCCGACGGCUAGAUAGCCUCUCCCUUCGAGAACAGCGUGGUAACGGGACCCUAGAUUUGAGCUUCCUCGCAGCUGCAUAUGAAGUUCGGAAGUUAUUCCUGUCUGGAAACUUCCUGGGCGCGUUCGAGCCCUGUGUAGAUUUCUUGAAUCUGCAACUCCUGGAACUGGCGAAUUGCGGACUGCAAACUUUGCCUGAGAAACUCGGUCAACUUAUGCCGAAUCUGCGCACCCUUAACCUCAACUUCAAUGCUAUCGCCAAUUUGGCCCCAUUGAAGUUCAUCCCUCGGCUGAAGAAGCUGCUCUGUGCUGGCAACAGACUGGCAGACUCGACCGUGGUGACAGAGCUCUUGACAGAUUUCCCUCAUCUGCGACAGCUUGAUGUUAGAGAUAACCCGGUGACACUUGGAUUCUACGCCCCGAUACAGGUCCUUGUGUGUAAGGAACGCAAGGGGCCUGUGGAUCCCUUUGUCCUCCCAGACGGCGACUCAGCAAGGGAUGAGCUGUACGCUGGACGUCUGGACGAAACAACCAAGCUUCGCCGUCGGUUGCACCAAGUAGUGUUCACAACGAGCUGCAGGAAGCUUCGAACGCUGGAUGGGCUCACCGUGGAGAGGCAAACUAUUCUACAAAAGGAUGCGGUCCUCCAGACUCUGCUCUCCGAGGGUCUGCUUCCAUCUCUUGACGAGGCGAAGGCGCCAGCGCCCGAACCAGCCCAGGAAGUAGAGUCUGCAAAGGAGCCCGUGAAGGCGUAG